GAAUGAAUGACAUAGAUGAUAUUUAAUGACAUUUACUAGAGAUAAACAAAGACAAAUAGAUAAGGUCUUACUAUUUGUCACGCUAAGAAAGUGAUCAUGGAAGGUUUACAGUUAACAGCGUUUAUCCUUGUAACAUUUACCAUUGUGAUAUCAGUAAACGCUUCAAAUUUGACUCAAGUGCAGUGUUUUAAAUGCAAUGGUGUUCCUAAAAUGGAGGACUGCGGUCAUACAGUGACAUGCGGUGAGCACGAGGAGUGUUAUGUAAGACGGAGUGUCGGAACGGUUGGUAAUGUACUUUACGAGUCAGGAUGUAUUUCUAGACAGGUGUGUAAACAGCUGUCUCAAAUUGGCGGGAAAAGAUCUACAGAAAGACGAAAAAGAGCAUUUGUUAACUGCCUACAGUGUUGUAACUCUGAACUAUGUAAUAAACAUCUGUGUACUAAACAACCUGACAUUUCCAAUCAUAUAGAAUGUUUCUCAUGCAAUGAUGUACUGAUACCAGAACACUGCAAAAACACGGUUUUAUGUGGAUUAGACCAAGAAUGUCGAACAGAUAUGAGACUGUUAUCUACAAACUACGAAUUGAGGUACACACUAGGCUGUGGUCCUAAAGCUCUAUGCAGAGCGAUAGAGAAUGAUAUAGUCUCAGAUAAGAAUUAUUGUGUACAGUGUUGUAACAAAAGUUACUGCAAUCCAAAGCUGUGUGGAUUCCUUAGUAAAGCUCAACCAAUGAUGACGGUCAAACCACAGGAUCGUAAUGUGUUGCCGGGAGACAAAAUAGAACUUCAGUGUCUUAUAGCUCAUAUAGAUGGGUUACCAUUCAAUAUAACAUGGACCCACCAGGAUGUAAGUUUAGUACUUUAG